AUGCCUCGGUCCUCUCGUACAGGUGAUUUGAUUUUUGACCCUGAAGUAAAGAAGAUCGCGCGUAGAACGAGGAAGGAAACCAGACAGCUCAGAAAGGAGCAGUCCAGUGCUGCAUCUCAGAGACCUGAGCCGAGAGGUGAACCGACGGAUUCGUUUGGUGACACUUCGACUGACUCUGAUCAAGAGGAGGUUACCAUGGCUAACGCACGAACACUAAGGGAGUUGGCUGCUCCUGAUUUAAAUCAGCAGCAUUUAUGCAUUACUUUCCCGAAUUUGAGUGAUAACACUUCAUUUGAAUUGAAAUCAGGUCUAAUUCAUCUUUUACCUUCUUUUCAUGGUUUACCAGGUGAGGAGCCGUAUAAUCAUCUGCAGGAGUUUGAUGUCGUGUGCAAUAGUAUAAAGCCCCCGGGAAUCACAGAAGAGCAGAUAAAAAUGAGGGCAUUCCCCUUCUCUUUGAAAGAUUCUGCGAAGGACUGGUUGUACUACCUGUCACCAGGGAGCAUCAUCACGUGGGACCAACUGAAGAAAAAAUUUUUGGAUAAGUAUUUUCCUGUGUCCAGGGCUGCAAGUUUGAGGAAAGAAAUUUGUGGGAUCAAACAGUAUCUACGGGAGUCACUCUAUGAGUAUUGGGAAAGGUUCAAAAACUUGUUGCACAAGUGUCCCCAGCACCAGAUAAGUGAGCAGUUGCUCAUUCAGUAUUUUUACGAGGGACUCCUUUUCAGAGACAGGAGCAUAAUUGAUGCUGCAAGUGGAGGGGCACUGGUGAACAAAACCACUCAGGAAGCACGGGAGUUAAUAGAGGGGAUGGCAGAAAAUUCACAACAAUUCGGUACGAGGGAGGAUGUUCCAAUACGCAAGGUGAAUGAGGUAGAGACAUCCUCUAUCCAGCAGCAGCUAACUGAGUUGACUUCAUUUGUGAGGCAACUGGCUGUAGGAAAUGCAUCGCAGGCUAAGGUGUGCGGGAUUUGCACUGGUAUGGGUCAUUCUACAGACAUGUGCCCAACAAUUUUGGAAGAAAGUGCAGAGCAAGUGAACAUGACUGGUCACGCGCCCGCGCCAAGAAGGCCCUAUGACCCGUACUCGAAUACGUACAAUCCCGGUUGGAAGGAUCACCCGAAUUUCAGUUAUGGAGGAAAUAGGCAGCCCAACUUUGCAUCGAACAGGCAGUCUAAUUUCGUGCCAAAUAAGCAACCAGGGUACCAGCAGCAAUACCAACCCCGACCACCUCCGCCCCCAAGUUCUGGUCCAUCUUUGGAGGAGAUGAUGAAACAAAUGAUGGCGACCAUUACGCAAAAUCAGCAAAGGACGGAGGCAACCAUUACGCAAAAUCAGCAAAGGACGGACUCCGAAAUGCAGGACAUAAGGAAUCAGAUAAGUCAAAUAGCCACAACAAUCAACCGCUUGGAUUCCCAGAACCAAGGUAAAUUGCCGUCUCAACCUGAAUUAAAUCCGAAGAACGUGAGCGCAAUGAUCCUAAGGAGCUGGAAGGAAAUUCAGGGGCAUGAACCUGUGAUCCCUAAAGAUAAGGAUGAGGAAAAGAUCGAAAAUGAGCUUGAGAGGGAGGACAGCAAUGGUGCAGACCCAAAGGUACUCCCAGACCCAGUAAUUACAGUUAAAACUAACACACCUCCUUUCCCUAGCAGGUUGGAAAAAUCGAAGAAGCAAGAUAAAGAGAAGGAGAUCUUGGAGGUUUUUCGCAAGGUUGAGAUAAAUAUCCCCCUGUUAGACGCAAUCAAACAAGUACCAAAAUAUGCCAAAUUUCUAAGGGACUUGUGUGUCAACCGAAGGCGGUUGAGGGGGGAUGAACGGGUUAUUGUUGGAGAAAAUGUGUCAGCGGUCCUGCAGAGGAAGCUUCCACCCAAGUGCGGGGACUCAGGUAUGUUUACUAUCCCCUGUAGGAUAGGCAACACUGUGAUUAGAAGGGUCAUGUUGGAUCUGGGAGUAUCGAUUAAUGUCAUGCCUAAAUCUAUCUAUGCUUCUCUAAAACUUGGUCCAUUAAAAGAAACUGGGAUAAUUAUUCAAUUAGCUGACCGAACCAAUGCAUACCCUGAUGGGUUGGUUGAAGAUGUGUUAGUGAAAGUUAAUGACUUGGUGUUUCCAGCUAAUUUUUAUGUACUUGAUAUGGAUGAUGACCACUCACCCGAUCCCCUCACCUUUGUUAUUAGGUAG